AUGGGUGUAUUUACUCAGGUUUAUGAUACCCCUGCUGCUGUGCCUCCUGAUAGGCUUUUCAAAGCCAUGACGUUAGAUUUCCAUAACCUCUUCCCAAAGCUUGUGGAUAGCUUCCACAAUAUUGAAUUCACCCAAGGAAAUGGUGGUCCUGGCACCAUCAAGAAGAUCACCACCAGUGAAGGUGAGGAAACGAAGUAUGUGCUGCACAGAGUUGAUGCAAUUGAUGUGGCAACCUUUGUAUACGACUUCAGCAUAAUUGAGGGCAGUGCCUUGCCAGACACAUUGAAGAAGAUCUCAUUCCAGAGCCAAUUGGUAGAAGGCCCGAAUGGAGGAACAAUUAGGAAGGUGCGUGUCCAAUAUUUCACAGAAGGUGAAGCUACGCUUAGUCAGGAGGACCUCAACGCUAACCAAGCCAAGAUCCAAGGGCUUGUCAAGCUUGUUGAAGGCUACCUUUUAGCAAAUCCUGAUUACUGA